AUGUCCCAAAGACCUGAGCCCCUCCGCCUCGGCAGCGUUGCCCCCAACUUCGACGCCGACACCACCAAUGGUCCCAUCAACUUCCACGAGUUCAUUGGCGACAAGUGGGUGAUUCUUUUCUCUCACCCUGAGGACUACACCCCCGUCUGCACCACUGAGCUCGGUGCUUUCGCUAAGCUCGAGCCUGAGUUCACCAAGCGUGGCGUCAAGCUCAUUGGUCUCUCAGCCAACACCGUCGACAGCCACGGUGGUUGGAUCAAGGACAUCGACGAGAUCAGCGGUUCCAGCCUCAAGUUCCCCAUCAUUGGCGACAAGGAGCGCCAGGUUGCUCUUGCCUACGACAUGCUCGACCACCAGGAUGCCACCAACGUCGACUCUAAGGGCAUUGCUUUCACCAUCCGCUCUGUCUUCAUCAUCGACCCCAAGAAGACCAUUCGCACUAUUCUCUCAUACCCCGCCUCUACUGGUCGCAACACCGCUGAGGUCCUCCGCAUCGUCGACUCCCUCCAGACCGGUGACAAGCACAGAAUUACUACCCCUAUCAACUGGGUUCCUGGCGACGACGUCAUUGUCCACCCCUCCAUCAAGACUGAGGAGGCACAGAAGAUCUUCCCCAAGGUCAACAUCGUUAAGCCUUACCUCAGAUUCACCUCCCUUCCCAAGGAGGAAACCAGCUCGAGCGCGCAACUCUCUGUCAUAAGUGGUCAGUCUGGUCUCUCGAGGCGCGACGACUAUGAAUCGGCAUCAGAGAUGGAUGCCAUGGCUCAUGCUUCACAUCCUGGCCGCUCAAAUGCGGGCUCACCCGUUCCUCCUCAGACUCCAAGCGCAGGUUCAGCCACCGCAAAUCUCUCUGGUCUGGUUUGCAACGUACACCGCACUACAGGGAGAGAGCCUCAUCCUUUGGUCGGAGCUACCACCACAAUUCUCGGUGAUAAGUUAUACGUCUUUGGCGGUCGCAAAAUCUCAAAAUCUCGUCCGACUUUGACUUCGGAUCUGUACGAGCUCGACCUACCACGCAGACACUGGUCCAAGAUUGAGACCAAGGGCGAUGUGCCUCCGCCAAGAUAUUUCCACAGUGUGUGUUCUCUUGGCGACAACAAGCUCGUAUGUUAUGGAGGCAUGUCGCCCGAGGGAGGGCCUGCGGCUCAGAACGAAUCUCCAGACGCUCAGGUCAGCGUAAUGUCAGAUGUGCACGUCUAUGACAUACCGUCACAUACUUGGACAAAGAUCGGCACGGGAGAAGCUCCUCAAGGUCGUUAUGCACACUGUGCAGCCAUUCUCCCUUCGGGGGCCGUCUUUGCUUCCUCAAACGCACCUUUGUCGGCCAUACAUCACAACCCCUCAGGACCGCAGCCAAACUCGGGAUCAAUUGGAGUGGAUCUUGAUGGAAGAGGCGGUGCUGAAAUGAUCGUUGUCGGUGGUCAAGAUAGCAACAACCAAUAUAUUGAACAGAUUAGCGUGUUCAACCUACGCAGCCUGAAGUGGACUUCGACCAAGCCCAUGUCUGGUCGGAGCUGUGGGGCUUAUAGAUCAGUAGUCACACCCUUAGUCAGCAUGGAAAGCACGAAAGUUGGCGCUGGCCACGAGGCAUCCAUUGAUGACUACGACGAUGACGACGAGGACGACGACUCCGAUCUUAACUCAUCUGGAUCUGCAAUGCUCAUCUACACCAACUACAACUUUCUUGAUGUCAAGCUCGAGCUUCAAGUCCGCAAUCGCGAUGGCACGCUUGUUGAUAAACAGAUGCAGGGCACAGUAACUCCUCCGGGGCUUCGCUUUCCCACAGGUGGUGUCAUUGGAAACAACUUCGUCGUGGCUGGUACGUUUUUGACAUCCUCAAAGCAAGAGUUCUCGCUCUGGGCUCUCGAUCUUCGAUCCUUGACCUGGGCACGCAUCGAUAGCGGAAGCAGUAUUUUCAGUCAAGGAAGCUGGAAUCGAGGAGUUCUUUGGGAGCGUAGAAACUCUUUCAUCAUUCUUGGAAAUCGGAAACGAAAUCUGGUAGAUGACUACAACAACCGUCGUCUCAACUUCAACAAUAUGUGUGUCGUUCAACUCGAGGCAUUCGGCCUAUAUGACAAUCCCAGAAAAGCUUGCCCUACAUCAGAUUACAUAUCAUCUAGCGCUCCACAAUAUCAGCCAGGCUCUGAAGGCUCUGCAGGCGGGAGAAGACUUUACAGCGGCGCUGAAGAAUUGGGCGAGACGAUGCUUCAAUCGCGCGAGCUCUGCGAUAUGGACUUCUUGGCCAUCGACGGCACUCGACUUCCUGUUAACUCGCGUCUAAUCGGGCGCAGAUGGGGCCCUUUCUUCAAUCAGCUCGUGCGCGAAAGUGCCGGACCUAAUGAGAGCGGCGAAACAGCAACUUUGAGACCCGCCACAAUGGCCUCCCGGAAUUCCAGCAUCACCAUUACCCCAACGCUGACCUCGAAUGGAUCAACGCUUACGGCCAAUAGUGUGACAGGUACCACAGUGACACUAGAGCCGGCCGAUGUCAGAAACAUGCCACCUAACUCGCGCCCGCGAACCUUGUAUCUCCCUCACACAGUUCCGGCACUACAGGCACUCAUCCAUUAUCUAUACACUGGUUCUCUUCCUCAGCAACCCUCACAUCUAGCAACACCACAGAUUUUCUGUUCUUUGCUUCAACUUGCUCGACCCUACGAGAUUGAUGGGUUGGCUGAAGAGGUGACUGAGCGAUUGCAUGAGACAUUGGAUGGCCGCAAUGCAGCAGCCAUCUUCAAUGCUGCGGCAAUGGCUGCUGGUGGUGGUCAAGGCGUUGUCUUCAAGGAAAUCAAUACCAGUGUGCAUCCGCCCCGCGUGCAAAGUCUUGCAGGUAUCGAAGCUUUGUCCAUCAAUGGCAGUGGAGGCGCCGGCGGACGUAACCCGCUGCGCGUAGAUACUGAGAUUGCCAAUGGGCGUACCACACGCACAACUCUGCGUGGCGAAAGUCUUACCGAAGAGGACGAGGAUGUUCCCGACUCUGCCUCCACUACCGGCUCGGCUUACAGCGUGACCAGUAGUCGUCAAGGUGGCCGGGACGAUGACGAGAUAUGGGACGGUGGUCAAAGCCAUGUCAUCGGACUGCAGAAGCGCGGACUCCGCGGUCUUAUGGAAGGUCGUCGCAUACGCGAGCGAGGCCGCAGUGAUGGUACUGGAGCGGCUAGCAGCGUCACUGGUAGUAGUAGUGUUGCAGGCGGUAGUGUGGCUAGUGGCAGCAUGAGUGGUCCAUCAGACCCCAAGGGUCUAGGCUUGGGUAUAUCAUGA